GGUCAUUAUCAUUGAUCUUUCCAAGUGUUGCCAGAAUGAUAAUUCAAGUAAUUGUAAAUAUCGACAUUGAUGAAAAUUGCCACCUCCCUAAAAGAAAAUGAGAAAACAAAGGAAGAAAGAAAAAGAAAUAUUGACAAAAAGCUCAAUCAAAUCUUUUCUGGGCCGGAGGCUCGUGCUAGAGUCGGUCGGUUGUACCUGUCUCUAACAAUGGCGUCUAAGGCCUGCUGCUUGGACUCGAAUCUUAAUUUCUCCUCUGUGCUGUCACUCUAGCAUUAUUGCAGCAGUUAAAGUGAGAUGCACCAAUGGCCGCUUACGUCAAUGGUUGAGAGUUCCAAUUUCCAAGUGAGGUGUGAAAACAUCUCCGAGAUCAAAAUACUAACCUUUGCCUGUUUUAAGCUUUUCUCGUACCCUUCAGCUAGGAAGCUUUUCCUUUCGAACCCCCUUUUUCAUUGGUCUUGCUCAGAAGUUUGAGAGACACAGAGAGAAUGGCAAAGUUACCGGCGCUGAGCCAUCUUUGUUUCACAUUCUUUCUCUAUAUUUUCGCAACGUUCAUGACGAUUCCGGUCAUGAUAGAUGUCACCAUGUCUGCACUUUGUCCUGGAAAAAUUGAAUGCUACCUGGCAAUUUAUCUCACGGGAUUUCAACAAGCGAUCAUUGGGCUGGGAUCUCUUGUGAUGAUGCCCCUCGUUGGUAAUCUGUCCGACAAGUAUGGAAGGAAGGCUUUGCUUACAGUCCCCAUGACUCUCACCAUAAUUCCUUUAGCCAUAUUGGCUUACAGCAGAACGAGGAGCUUCUUUUAUGCGUACUACGUGCUCAAGAUUCUGACGGCCAUGUUCUGUGAAGGAACCGUACACUGCCUGUCUCUUGCUUAUGUGGCAGACAAUGUUCCGGAAGGGCGACGAGUAUCAACUUUUGGAAUCCUUUCCGGCAUCGGCUCUUGUGCAUUCGUCUGCGGAACUCUGUCUACCCGUUUUCUCUCAACUGCCUCCACUUUCCAGGUUGCGACGGCAAUGGCGAUGCUUUCAGCGGUUUACAUGAGGAUUUUCCUCCCGGAUUCGAUCAUAAAUGAUAAUCUUUCUGCCCCAAUACUCUCGCAAGGAAAACUUGAUGGUAUUGUUAAUCCGGAUGAGGAGUCAGACAAGAAAAUGCAGAUGUUCAAAACCAUGCCUUCAAUAGAAGAUAUGCUUGCCUUGUUGAAGAGCAGUUUGACAUUUUCGCAAGCGGCAAUUGUUUCAUUUUUCAGCAAUCUUUCUGAUGUGGGCCUCCAUGCUUCAUUGUUGUACUAUUUAAAGGCCAGGUUUCACUUCAACAAAGAUCAGUUUGCUGACUUAAUGGUCAUUACUGGAGUUGCAGGGACCAUAUCCCAGCUGCUUCUCAUGCCCGUAUUAGCUCCCGCUCUCGGAGAGGAGAGAUUGCUGGCAAUAGGCCUUUUUUUCAGCUGUGCACAUAUGUUCUUCUAUAGCAUUGCAUGGUCCGUCUGGGUACCUUAUGCAGCAGCUGUGUUCUCCUUAUUCUAUGUUUUUUCACAGCCAUGUAUACGGAGCAUUGUAUCUAAACAAGUUGGGCCCUGUGAGCAGGGAAAGGCUCAAGGGUUCAUUUCAGGCAUAGGUUCCUUUGCCAAUGUUGCAUCUCCCUUGAUUUUCUCUCCUCUAACAGCUUUGUUCCUGUCUGAAGGAGCACCAUUUUAUUUCCCUGGUUUCAGUAUUAUGUGCGUUGGGUUUGCCUCGAUGAUAGCCUUCUUCCAGAGUCUCAUGAUAAGGGCCGUUCCUCCAAUUUCAAGUCAAAGAGUUGGCAACUACAACUGCAUGGAAGCCUAGCAAGGGAUGAGUAUGUUCCAAACUCUGAAUCAUUCCUUACUGGAGGUUAUUAUUACCCGCAAAAAUUUUCAACAAUUCGUGCAUACAUAUUAGUGUAACGACUAGAAAUGUUGGAAGUAGAACUUCUCAAGUUGAAAUGGUGCUUUAUAGCUGUACAAGCUGUAGCUUUCAAACCAUUUGACUUGGUAUAGAUAUAGAGCCUGCUCGGUGCUGCAGAAAGGAGCCUUAUUUCAGUUGCCUCUGCAAGAGACACACUGAAUGCUGGUUACCUAGAUCUAAAAGCACAUCAAUUAUUAUUCUUUUUUCCUUUUUUGGGGUGUGGCUCAUUUACUAUGAUAGUGUUACUGCUUUAUAUCAUUAAAGUCGGGAAUAUCCCCUGAACUUUGUAUUAUAGUCAGUUUCCAUUAGUGGAGAGAGACAAGGCAGGUUGCUUGCCAUGUAAUGAAAGCCUCCUUCAGAAGAAAUGCAAGAGUUGGGAGCAUAUGCAAAUAUAA